UGACUUGUACUUACUCGGACGCGACCAACAAACUUAAAUCUCAACUCCAUCUCUCUCUCUCUUUAUUACUUUCUCUCUCUUUCUGUAAACGGAUUCUUCUCUACCCUGGUUUUCCGACAACGGAGCCGUUUAUUUUCCACUCCUAAAUCUCCUCUCACAAACCCGUAUCUGACUCUUCCAAAUAUCUACCUUCUCUUGUCGGAAAACCACAUUCCCCUGUCUCAGUCUUUUUUGACGGCUAUAUGAACUUUCUCUUUUAUUUCAACUCUCUCUUUCAAACUUAUUCUAACUUAUAAUCACGACUCCUUCAAAGACUUCAUAAGUAGAAUUUUAGGGUGUCGUUUCAACUCAGACCUUCGAAGAUUACUGGAAACCGCCAACAGAUCUGAAAUUUGAGAUUAAGUUUAUGAGGUAAUAGGGUAGUGGUUGAAAAUUGAUGGUAAUUCAUAAACAAUUUUGUCAUCUAUGAUGACUGGAGCAGGUUUACAAAGAUCGAUGCGGGUGGUAGUAUUUUUGAAGCUUUUCACAUGGAAUGGCAGAUCUUGCUACUAACGGGAAUGCUGAGCGAGAUAAUGAACAGGCAUUAACUACGUUAAAAAAAGGUGCACAACUGCUCAAAUAUGGUCGCAAAGGGAAGCCCAAGUUUUGCCCAUUCAGACUUUCCAUUGACGAAACAUUUUUAAUCUGGUUGUCGAGAGGCGAAGAAAGAAAAUUGAAGCUAGCUACUGUCUCAAAAAUUAUCCCUGGACAAAGAACUACUGUUUUCCAGCGUUAUUUACGGCCUGAGAAGGAGUACUUGUCCUUUUCUCUUAUAUACAACAACGGCAAACGUUCCCUUGAUCUGAUUUGCAAAGACAAAGUUGAGGCAGAGGUGUGGAUAGCAGGUCUUCGAACAUUGAUAUCUGCAGGGCAAGGUGGACGAUCAAAAAUUGAUGGAUGGACUGACGGUGGAUUCUACUUAGAUGACAGUAAAGACUUGACAUCUAAUAGCCCAAGUGACAGUUCUGCUUCUGCUAGCAACAUAAGAGAUAUUAGCUCCCCAGAAGUUUCCGUUAGUGUGAACACAAACACUUCAGCAAAAGGUGAUCCACCUGAGAAAUUAGUGACUGCAGAAAGGUCACAUGCAGUUACUGACCACAUAAAUAUGCAAGUGAAAGGAACUUCAGAUGCUUUCCGAGUGAGUGUUUCAAGUGCCCCCAGCACUUCUAGUCAUGGAUCUGCACCUGAUGAUUGUGAUGCGUUAGGCGAUGUAUACAUAUGGGGCGAGGUUAUAUGUGAAAAUUUCAUUAGGGUUGGGGCAGAAAAAGGUCUUAACCCCUUAAACUCAAGGGUCGAUGUUCUUCUUCCUCGGCCUUUAGAGUCCAAUGUGGUUUUGGAUGUUCAUCACAUAGCCUGUGGAGUCAGACAUGCUGCACUAGUUACGAGACAAGGAGAACUUUUCACUUGGGGAGAAGAAUCUGGAGGGCGACUUGGCCAUGGAGUUGGGAGAGAUGUUAUCCGACCUCGUUUUGUUGAGUCUUUGGCAGUUACUAAUGUUGAUUUUGUUGCCUGUGGGGAAUUCCACUCUUGUGCUGUCACUAUGGCUGGUGAGCUUUACUCAUGGGGAGAUGGAACACAUAACGCUGGGCUUCUCGGUCAUGGUACUGAUGUGAGUCACUGGAUACCGAAGAGGGUGUCAGGUCCAUUGGAGGGACUCCAAGUUGCUUCAGUUUGUUGUGGUCCAUGGCAUACAGCCUUAAUAACAUCAACAGGACAGUUGUUUACGUUUGGUGAUGGAACCUUCGGUGUUUUGGGCCAUGGAAACAGAGAAAGUGCUAUGAACCCGAGAGAAGUAGAAUCUCUGAUGGGGUUGAAGACCAUUGCAGUUGCAUGUGGGGUGUGGCACACGGCUGCAGUGGUGGAUGUAAUUGUGGCGCAAUCUAGUUCAAGUAUGUCAUCAGGAAAAUUGUUUACUUGGGGUGAUGGCGACAAAAAUCGCCUUGGUCAUGGAGACAAGGAACCAAGACUGAAACCCACAUGUGUUCCAUCUCUUAUUGACUACAAUUUCCACAAAAUAUCUUGUGGCCAUAGUCUGACUGUUGGCUUGACUUCAUCCGGACAUGUUUUUACCAUGGGAAGCACUGUUUAUGGUCAGCUUGGAAAUCCACUUUCUGAUGGAAAGGCACCUUGCUUAGUGGAAGAUAAGUUAAUGGGAGAAUGCGUGGAAGAUGUUGCUUCCGGUGCAUAUCAUGUGGCAGUGCUAACGUCCAGGAAUGAAGUAUACACAUGGGGAAAGGGUGCUAACGGGAGAUUGGGCCAUGGAGACGUUGAAGAUCGAAAAAUACCAACAUUAGUAGAAGCACUGAAGGAUAGACAUGUUAAAUAUAUUGCUUGUGGGUCAAACUUCACGGCAUCUAUAUGUCUUCAUAAAUGGGUUUCUGGUGCAGAGCAGUGCCAGUGCGCAGCGUGUAGACAAGCAUUUGGGUUUACUCGCAAGAGGCACAACUGCUAUAACUGUGGACUAGUACAUUGCCACUCCUGUACUUCGAAGAAAGCUUUCAGAGCAGCACUUUCUCCUAAUCCCAGCAAGCCAUAUCGUGUCUGUGACUCGUGUCACACAAAACUUAUGAAGGUUUCAGAAGCCAGUGGUAAUACUAUUAAGAAGAAUGUCUUGCCUCGACUUUCAGGUGAAAACAAAGAUAGGUUGGACAGGUCAGAAAUAAGAUUAUCCAAGUCCUCUACUCCUACAAAUGCUGAUUUAAUUAAGCAAUUGGACACAAAAGCAGCCAAACAAGGAAAGAAGGCUGAUACAUUUUCUCUGAUCAGCUCGACCCAAUUACCCUCAUUACAGCUUAAUGAUAUUUCUUUUUCCAAUCCAGUUGAUCUGCGUCGAACAGUUCCAAGACCUGUUAAUACUCCGUCAAGUCAGUCAGCAAUGAGUUCGAGAGCCGUGUCACCUUUCUCAAGGAAAGCCAGCCCGCCCCGCUUCGCUACACCUAUACCUACAACUUCAGGUCUUUCUUUCUCCAAAAGCGUUACUGACAGCUUGAAAAAAACAAAUGAACUCUUGAAUCAAGAAGUGCAGAAGUUACAUACACAGAUUGAUAGCUUGAGACAAAGGUGUGAAAUGCAAGAGUAUGCUCUGCAGAAAUCAGCACAGAAAGCCCAAGAUGCUAUGGCAUUGGCUGCAGAGGAAUCUGGGAAAUCUAGAGCUGCAAAAGAAGUUAUCAAAUCUUUAACGGCGCAGCUCAAAGACAUGGCUGAGAGGCUGCCACCUGGUGCAUAUGAUAGUGACAGCAUGAGACAGCUUUAUCUACCAAAUGGUUUGGAAUCGAAUGGUACAUUUCAUGCGGAUGCGAAUGGAGGACAUCAUGCAAAAUCUAACGCAAGCUAUGACCCUCGUUUGGCUUCUCAAACCAAGUAUGAUAUGACUACUACAAAUGGAACGGCUGCUCCAGGCGAAAACCCUCAUAUACACAGAAAUGACAUCCCAACUGCGGAUGAAAAUGAUACUUACCCAGAAAACCAGGCAACUGCAACUCCCUCCAGUUGGAAGAAUGGCCCUGCCAGCUUGGGAGUGUCUAAUGGUAACAAUGAAGAGGUUUAUAGAGGUACUAGCAGUGUGAAAUCUGUUACUGCUAAUACUGAUGCCAAGGAACCCCCAGAGCCUAUCCAAAAUGACGAGAAUGUUGCGAAGUCGAAGAGUACGCCUGCUUUGAACGGAGUCAACACUAAUCAAGUUGAGUCAGAAUGGAUUGAACAGUAUGAACCUGGUGUGUAUAUAACCCUCGUGGCUCUUCAUGACGGAAGCAGGGAUCUUAAGAGAGUGCGCUUCAGCCGGAGAAGAUUUGGGGAGCAUCAAGCAGAGACUUGGUGGUCAGAAAACCGUGACAAAGUAUACGAGAGAUAUAACGUACGGGCUUCUGACAAGUCACCAACUGGUUCCACCACACAGUCCUCGCAAAGAUUAGAUGGUGGAGUUUCACCGUCUCCAAAUCCCUAGCAAUAGUUUCAAACAUGAAGCACCUCUUGUUCAGUGCCUUCUUUUCUUUUUUGGUGUUCUUUUUUGUGAAGUUAACGUUUUCUUUUUACCUUCAUUCUUCUUUUGUAAGUUUCAGUGCCCUUUAAUUUAUACCUACCUGUUGUAUUGUAGUGUAUAUAUAAAGUCAUCAAAAUUAUGAGAUAGUAUAUGGGCAGAAAAGAAAAAGGCUUCUCUUUUGUAA